AUGUCGGUACCGUUGUUGAAGAUCGGUGUAGUGCUGAGCACCAUGGCGAUGAUCACUAACUGGAUGUCGCAGACGCUGCCCUCGCUGGUGGGGCUCAACACCACCAAGAUCACCGCGGAGAGGGCAGGCUACCCGGACAGGAGUACCGGAGUAAGUGUCACCACAACUUUUCGCUUCUCGCGGCUUCAUUUUGGCUGCAUAUUAUUUUCUCAACUAUUAUUUUUCAUUUUAUUCGCUCUCAUUGGUUCAUUAAUUAUUAAACAUAUAAAAGAGCUUCUCUUAAAGCUCUUUUUUUUUUUUUGGAUUGACAGUGUCACUAGUAUUUUUUUAUGUUGUGCUGUCUAUAUUUCCAGCGCUUGGCUGGCUUUCAGAUCUUAAAGCAAAUGGAAUUUCAGAGGCAUGAUUGAUAUCGCAUCUCUCAGCUUGAUAUCACUCGAGGGAGAUGGAGAGAGAGAUAGCCUAGUUGUAGGUUACUGUAUUUUCGAGGUGGGGCGGGGGAGCGCGCUGAGAGGUGUAGGAGAACAAGGGAGCGCGGUGGAAACUGAGAGCGUUAAUGGACUUGGAUGCUGUCAUUGAUAAAACGCUGCAAGGUGAAAAUUAAUUGAAAAGGACAUUUCGCAGCCAGACCUUUAAAGUGAAGACAGCUGUGUUCAUAUUUGUCCCCGGCAUUCAGGCACCCUCAGUGGGGUCUCUGAUUCUCUAAACAUCGAAUGAAAAGCGCACCAGAUAAAUCAUUGGGUCCUGUUAUUACUUGGGGUACAGGGCUUCUUCUCGUUGUAUCUUUGUCAAGCACUAUCUGACCUUUUGGUUAAUCGAAGAAAAUGUAAUUAUUAUUAAACAUAAAUAGCUAACACUUUGUGAAAUAUUUUGUGAAACCUAUAGAAUGAUUUUUCAAUGUGAUUUUACGCAAUGAGGUUGAGUAAGAAACUAUUCAUAAAACGCACUCCUUCAUGGUUUACAUUUUUGGCAAAAAGCUAUUUGAUUAAAACAUAAACAAUUUCAAUAAUGUCUUAAUAUAUAUAUAUAUAUAUAUAUAUAUAUAUAUAUAUAUAUAUAUAUAUAUAUAUAUAUAUAUAUUAUCUAGUCUAAUAUAAAGGCUGCACUGUAAUGUAGGGGCGACAUAUUAGAGUAUAAUUUAACAAUAACAAUAUAAUUUGGCUGACCAGAAUAAAAAACCCUGUAUUGUUUUCCGAAAGGAUUUACAAAUGACCUUUCAUGUUGAGAAUGGUUCUUUAUAUCACCAUACAUGUUCCAUUUAGAACCUUAUUAGCAUGGUUCUUUAUUGAACCUUCAAAAAAGGGUUCUAUAUAGCACCAAAAAGGGUUCCGCUAUGGUUACAAGCCAAAUAACCCCUAUCUGGUAUUAUUUAGAACCUUUAUUGUCUUGUGUGUAGUUGAGCAUCUACCUUUUCACUAUAUUCAGUCAAUGCCUCUGUGAAGGGAAUAUGGAAAGGUUGCCAGUUGGCUUUAAACAUUCAAAUUAAUUUACCACAUUUUAAGUCAAUUGUUGGUGAUCUCUUUGGUUCCCUUUAGGGCUAUAAGGUAGGGAUGUAUGUAGGGAUAACUGAAACUGCAUCCAAGCACUAUCCAUUCACUCUCAGCAGCCACCUGACAUUUUACUCAGAUUAAUAUUCACUAUUGGAAUAGGCUUCUCUUGCACCCUGGUCAUGAUGUACAGUCGAACUAUGGAUUGUGGAAUGAGUGUGUGGAUUCAGGAUCAGGACGCUGUUGGCUUUUAUGUACAGUAGUAAUGAAAGUGCUAUGAUUUCAGAUUAAUCCUGCAGAUAUGUAAUGGCUCAGGUAUAGAGACUGAAUGGAAUGGAAGUGCAACGGUUUCAGAUGAACAAUGCAGAUAUGUAUUGGCUAUUUCCUAUGUUCAUGCCUGUAGAUACAUGUACAGAUGGAGCAGGAGUCUUUGGCUGACAGGCUUUGUGAUUACUAAUUUCUAAGCUAUCUGCAUUCUAAAAAGUGCUGUGUUAAAAACAACCCAAUUUGGGUAAAUAUUGGACGGAACACAUAUUGGGUUAUUUUGACCUAGCCAGUUGGGUCACAAACAACCAAUUGUUUUCUUUAAGUUGGGUUGUUGAUGCUGGGUUAUUGAGCUAUGAUCCACCCGGUCAGAUCAGAAGACUAGAGGCGUGGCUUAGUAGUGCCGUGGCUUUCCGGUAGUUAUCUUUGGCCAACCGUGAGAGUGAAUGUCAUUCCGGUUAAUCAGUUCUGUUGUAUUGUCAAAUACUUAUUAGGGUUGAGUCAGUGAAAGACUCGGUGGAGAAUCGGCGAAGCUGUUGUCUGUCCUGCUGAGUUUUGAUGUAAGUCUUUCCAUGACAAGUUCAAGUUAGGAUGUGUUAGUUAUCCUGUGAGAGCUUUUGUUCUGUAAAUACUGUGGUGUAUUAGGAUCCAAGCUCAUGGUUAUGUUGCAGAAGUGUGUAGGAGGGAGAUUCCUACAUGUGACAAGUGUGCAGGAGGGCAUGAGACGAAGGAAUGUGUAGUAUCGGUGGAGAAAGUUGUGUGUUAGAUGUGGCGGUAUCUAUGGGGCUGGAGAUCGGAGAUGUCCGGUGAGCCAAAGGCAGGUUGAGGUUGCCAGGGUCAGAGUAGUACAGAAAGUGUUAUAUGCUGAAACAGUGAAGAGAAUGGUAGAGGAAGAUGGGUACAUGGUGAGGGAUCCUGAGAGGAUUUCUGUGAGUAUGCAGAGACCAAUAGAGAGGGAUGUGAAUAAUAUGUGCUUCAGUAAGGUGGGUUUCUAGCACCGUGGUUGUCAACUGUACUGCGAAAUGGAGCGUGAGUAACAGAAAAUAGAGGUUGUGGUGGCAGCUGCAGAGAAGUACUUGGGAUUGUGAGGUUUUACUGCAGAAGAUUUGCAGGGGGUGUUGAGUGGUAGUUAUUUCCUCCCAGACCUUUGGCCUGGAGUAGGAUUAGAUAGGGUUAAAUGGUAGAAUGGGGUGGUGUUUUUUUUAGUGAGGGCUAAUAGUUGGCAGGGUAAUUUUCUUUUUCCUUUUUCCCAAUUUUGUAUUACCGGAAGUUAAUGUAGGUAGGCCGUGACUGGCCUCAAACUCCAGUACAGUAGGUGGCAGUGUAUGCACCUAAAAGUUGGAUGCGACCCGCCAACCCAAUCCCAACGAAGAAGAAGAAGAAGAGUCAGUGAAAGUAACUUGAAUUGGACUUGUGAUGAUUUCUUGCAUUUCUUCCGUCCAGAGGACACGGGCGCUCACAACCACGCACCUUGGGACAAGAACUGUGACUUGUUUUUCGCUCUGGAGCAGGGUGCCAUCGAAGGGAGUGAUGGUGUUAAGUGUUGAGGAGGAUCAACUGAAAUGGAAGAUCCAGGUGUAUGUGAUGCCCGCCAUUUGGUGCGACGCAGACCCAGUGGAGAGCGUGGUGAAACAGAGAAGAGACUGUCUGUCCUGCUGAGUUUUGAUACAGAGUCUUUACCCGAUAGCCAUUGUUAUCAACUGUACCGCAAAAAUGGAAUGUGAGUCACGGAAAAUACAUGUGGUGGCAGCUGCAGAGAAGUACUUGGCGUUACGAGAUUUUACUGCAGAAGAGUUACAGGGAGUGUUGAUUUGAUAGUGUUCUGUCAUCCCAGGCACUCGGCCUGGUGCAGGAUUGGAAAGGGUUAAAAUAGUGGAAUGGUGUGUUUUUUUUUUUAAUGAGGGUUAAUAGUUGGCUCUUUUUUUUGUGUGUGUAAGCCUAAUUAAGCUACCUACAAAAGUGUCCAUGCUCAACCUUAACAUGUGGUGACUAUACAACAGAACAGAUCAACUGGAAUGACAUUUACUCAAAAAAAUUACUAUCUGUAAGCCAUGCCCUGACUAAGCCAUGCCUCUAGUCUUCGGCUCUGACCUGGUGGAUCAUAGCUCAAUAACCCAACUAAGUCAAUCAAAUGGAUGGGUCAAAAAUAACCCAACGUGUGUUCUGUCCACUAUUUACCCAGCACUGGAUUGUUUUUAACCCAGCAUUUUUUUGAGUGUGGACAGAGAUAUGUCAAUCAACACUGUUGUCAGAUCCCUAUCAGAUUGUGGUUCAUUGGUUGUGAGACCAGCAUCAGCACCACAUUCAGUAUUCAUUAAUGACCUCACUGCAUACCCAGUUUAGCCCAGUCUCAAUGCAAACUGAUUGGACUAUGUUCAUUGUUUAAUCUUGACAAUCUCACACCUCAUACUCGUAUUGUUAAAUAGUUGGACACCAAUAACUUUGAUAAUGUACACAUACAUGAGUAUUCCGACAUCUUGACCAGUUCGAUUGGCUGCUGUUCCCCUCUGUUGCCAUUUGAUGAUUGGAUGGAGCGGGCUGGGAGGUUGGAGGAGUUCAACGAUUCUCGUCAUUGCCAUAUGUCCCCGUGCGUAAUCCUGUGUUUGCAUGCCUCCCACAGACAGACAUUAUGUAAGCGCUCAUUGUGGAGAGAAAAUAAACAUGUAAUAGUGAGGGUUUAACCACUCCAAAUGGUGCGAUACGUCACCACAAGCCUAGAGUGGAUGUUUGAAAUGUGCUGCCAAGCUAAGCCUAUGCAGUCAGAGAGCAGGCGGGGAUAGAUGGGGUAGAAUAAGUUAUUUGUUCAACAAAUCCCUGACAAUUGGAUUAUAGGAUGGAUGCUUUUGUUAUUCUCUUGUCUCAUCUGUUUUUUCUGUUUUUUUCCCCCUCUCUAUCUCUCUCCUCCAGGUGUUGCCAGCGAACCCAGAGGAGUCGUGGCAGGUGUACAGUUCAGCCCAGGACAGUGAGGGGAGGUGUGUGUGCACCGUGGUGGCACCGCAGCAGUCCAUGUGUUCACGAGAUGCCCGCACCAAACAGUUGAGGCAACUGCUAGAGAAGGUAACUACACUGAACAAAAAUUUUAAACGCAACAUGCAACAAUUUCAAACAUUUUACUAAGUUUAUAUAAGGAAAUCAGUCAAUUGAAAUACAUUAAUUAGGCCGUAAUCUAUGUAUUUCACAUGACUGGGAAUAGAGAUAUGCCUCUGUUGGUCACAGAUACCUUAAAAAAUAAAGGUAGGGACGUGGAUCAGAAAACCAGUCAGUAUCUGGUGUGACCACAAGUUGUUCAGGAUGUUGAUCGUGGUCUAUGGAAUGUUGUCUCACUCCUCUUCAAUGGCUUUGCGAAGUUGCUGGAUAUUGGCGGGAACUGGAACACGCUUUCGAUCCAGAGCGACCCAAACAUGCUCAAUGGGUGACAUGUCUGGUGAGAAUGCAAGCCAUGGAAGAACUGGGACAUUUCUGGGACAGCUUCCAGGAAUUGUGUUCAGAUCCUUGCGACAUGGGGCUGUGUAUUAUCAUGCUGAAAUGAAUGGCAUGACAAUGUGCCUCAGGAUCUCGUCACCGCUUCUCUGUGCAUUCAAAUUGUGUUCGUUGUCCGUAGCUUAUGCCUGCCCAUACCAUAACCCCACCGCCACCAUGGGGCACUCUGUUCACAACGUUGACAUCAGCAAACUGCUCGCCCAUACAACGGCAUACACACUGUCUGUCAUCUGCCUAGUACAGUUGAAACCGGGAUUCAUCACUUCUCCAGGGGCCAUCGAAGGUGAGCAUUUGCCCACUAAAGUUGGUUACGACGCCAAACUGCAGUCAGAUCAACACCCUUGUGAGGACGACGAUCACGCAGAUGAGCUUCCCUGAGAUGCUUUCUUACAGUUUGUGCAGAAAUUCUUUGCUUGUGCAAACCCACAGUUUCAUCAGCUGUCCGUGUGGAUGGUCUCAGACGAUCCUGCUGGUGAAGGUGCCGGAUGUGGAGGUCCUGGGCUAGCGUGGUUACACGUGGUUGUGAGGCCGGUUGGAUGUAAUGCCAAAUUCUCUAAAACGACGUUGGAGGUGGCUUAUGGUAGAGAGAUGAACAUUCAAUUAUCUGGCAACAGCUCUGGUGGACAUUCCUGCAGUCAGCAUGCCAAUUGCGCGCUCCCUCAAAACUUCAGACAUCUGUGGCAUUGUGUUGUGUGACAAAACUGCACAUUUUAGAGUGGCAUUUUAUUGUCCCCAGCACAAGAUGCAGCUGUGUAAUGAUCAUGCUGUUUAAUCAGCUUCUUGAUAUGCCAUACCUGUCAGGUGGGUGGAUUAUCUUGGCAAAGGAGAAAUGCUCACUAACAGUGAUGUAACAAAUUUGUUCCCAAAAUUUGAGAGAUAUGCUUUUUGUGCGUAUAGAAAAUGUCUAAUCUUUUAUUUCAGCUCAUGAAACAUGGAACCAACACUUUACAUGUUGUGAUUACAUUUUUGUUCAGUAUAUUAUUACUUAAUGUCCACAGCAACACCAACCAAUGGCCUGUCAAGUCUUACCUCACAGACUCAAGAGUAAUUAUUCAACUCACCCAGACAAGGCACUACUGCAGCAUCCUGCUUGAACUUGUUCAUCCCAAAUCUCUCCCCCAGAAAAAGUUAUUGGGUUAUUUAGCAUUGUUUUCUUUAACAUUUGUUGACAAUACAACAGAACAGUUAAACCGGAAUGACUUUUCCUCUCACGGGUGGCCAAAAAUAACAAUUUGCAAGCCACGCCCCUACUAAGACACACCUCCAGUCUUCUUAUCUGACCUGAUGGAUCAUAGCUCAAUAACCUAGCAUCAACAACCCAACUUGGGUUGUUUGUGACUCAACUGACUGCGUCAAAAUAACCCAACAUGCGUUCUGUCCAAUAUUUACCCAAAUUGAGUGUAGCUACACUGUAAAACCAUGCAACAUGUGACACGUUUAUAACUUAAACGUCAGUGUUUAAAACUUAAACAUUAGGCAUUUAGAUUUGCCAAUAAGUGUUCUCAUAAACACAGGCGUUUAGAAUGCAAGAUUAAACAUGAUAGUCAUCUUUUCCCAGUCUGCUUCCAACCAGAAGAACACCUAUAUCUCCUAAAUGUUCAGAUUUUAUAAACUAGUGUUUACUUUCCAAUCGUCCUGUUUAGAGUGCAUUUAGUGAUUAGAAAUUGAUGGAACUUGCCAUGCCUUUUAUUCAGAUCAGUGUUAGGAAUGUCUGUCACCUUACCUACAUUUCAGCACAAGUGAAUAAGACCUUUGAUUAAAUAAAUAUUUUCAAUCACAUGGUGUUGUUGUUACUCAACUGUGUUGAAUUCAUUUCUGUUAACUCUCUCUGAGUGAAAAAGACGUGGGAAGGGUUUCAUGAUCAUAUUUCCCAGCAUGCUUUGUUCUAGGUAGAUUUUUAGAGUAGUUUGUUUUAAUAUCUAUGUUUCCUCAUACAAAUUGAUUGAUUAAUUGAUCUUAUACUAUACAAAGAUAAAUAACUAAUAACUAAUCCAGUCUGUAAGGGUUUGGAUUUAUUGUACCCAUUGCUGAGAUGGUUGUUCCAGUUUAGAUGGUUUAGGUAGUCUCCUUUGUUGGAUCCUUCACCAUAACAGUCAUUCUGAGUGCAGGUUGUGGGUGAUAAAAUAUUAUGAUUGUUGGAUGUUCUCCCUCUGGUUUGAUUUUGAUAGCAGUUAUAUAUCGCUUCUCAAACUUGUGUGUUGUGACUUGUGGGUAUUAUGAGGCCUGUGAGCCAGGAUUUUCAGAUGCCGAUGGCCAGGAUAGCUGAUUGCCUUAUAAAACGUGGUCAUAAAGGUUUUACUUUCACUUAGGCGGUCACUUCAGGAUUAUACGUUUUUGAAUGCAACAACCAUGUAUGUCUCUGUCACUAACAAACACAGUCGUAUGUGGGUAUUUCUCACAUUCAUUCGAAAGGUAUGCUGGGAAAUAUGCAAAUAUAGCUUUACACCCUACAGCAGGGCUCUCCAACCCUGUUCCUAAAGAGCUACCGUCCUAUAGGUUUUCGCUCCAACCCUAAUCUAGUGCACCUGAUUCUAAUAAUUAGCUAGUUGAUAAGAUGAAUCAGGUCAGUUACAACUUGGGUUGGAGUGAAAACCUACAGGAGGGUAGCUCUCCAGGAACAGGGUUGGAGAGCCCUGUCCUACAGUGUUAAAACAACAUCCCAGUGUUUAUAACCUAAACACCUUGUGCUGAAUAAACGUGUUCAUGUGUUUACAAAGUGUUAGAGCAAAUAAACAUGUUCUGGUAUGUAGAAUCUAAACACUGUGAUGCAUUUUCAUUGAAAUUCUAAAUGCCUUUAGGUGUUAAAAGUGUUUAGUUGUGUUCAGAUCCUAAACACUUGAUUUUAUAGUGUAGCUAUACAGAAUGGUUGGCACGCACGCACGCACGCACGCACGCACGCACGCACGCACGCACGCACGCACGCACGCACGCACGCACGCACGCACGCACGCACGCACGCACGCACGCACGCACCUACCUGCGGGCCCCAUCAUCAUCCACCCUGUUGUUCAUAAGACUAGAAUGGGAACCGGGAACCAGUCAGCCACUAAUGAGUUCCCUGGAAACCUCAGGCAGGAAGCAGGCAUUAUGGGAGUCACUAUUACAUCACUGUACACUAGCCAAACAACACCACAGAUGAUGCAACCCAGCUCAAUGCAUAUACAGUACAGCAGGGUUUUACAAACUCGGUCCUGGGGCUCCCCUGGGUGCACGUUUUGGUUUUUACCCUAGCACUACACCGCCGAUUCAAAUAACCAACUCAUCAUCAAGCUUUGAUUAUUUGAAUCAGCUGUAUAGUGCUAGGGCAAAAACCAAAACGUGCCCCCGGGGGACAAAACUGAGUUUGGAAAACCCUGCAGAACAGUGCUUAGAGAGGGAACAAUUAUAAAAUGUUUGUGGUAUUUAUGAUGCAAGGUUUGUGCUGGUUUGGCUAGCAAAGGGUUAGGCUAAUCUCAAAAUAACCCAGAGUGUAUUAGAACAGUUGGCGAGUGUCCAUAUUAUUGAACAAGCUGCCAAUAAGUAUAACUGAUGCAUAACAAUCUCUCUUGCGUAGACUAAGUGAUUUGUUGUCCAGUCACGUCUGUGGAGUUGUCUGUGGCAUACAAUAGGCAACUAAUAAUGCAUUGCAUUAUUAUGGACAAGUAUAUAAAUAGAGUACAAUACAAUUGGACAUAACAACAUCACCUACUAGAGAGGAUCAGGCCCUUUCUCGUCUCACCAAUUAGUACCAAUCACUGAUUUCACACGAAGCUAAGACGUGUUCUGCAGAAGUCAGACUCUGAGCCCAGACCAUAGAAAUAUCAUGACUAGAAUGGGCAUUCCCAUUCAAGUCGAUGUUCUGUGAUGAAUGAAUCGGUGGCCAUGUUGAGUGUAGGCAUACCCAUCUCCAUAUCUUCCCUGUUCUCCCCUGUGUAGGUCCAGAACAUGACCCAGUCCAUCCAGGUGCUGGACCAGCGGACCCAGAGAGACCUGCAGUACGUGGAGAAAAUGGAGGUGCAGCUGAGGGGUCUGGAGACCAAGUUCAGACAGGUGGAGGAGAGCCACAAGCAGAACAUUGCCAAGCAAUACAAGGUACAGCAGCAGACCAGCAUACCUAAACCUAUGUGGGCUAUCACCAUCACCAUCACCACCACCACUCAUCUGAUAAAAACCACCUCCAUCCACCAUGGAUCGGUUUAUGUGUGUGCCCACUGCCCACUCUGGAUAUGGUCCAGCAUCAGAUGAUGAACAACGACAUUCUCACUCAAAAAGUAUUUGAAAAAAUAGUAGGGUGCUGGAUCCUCACAGAUAAUCAAUGGAGUGCACUCCCAAAAAUGCAAUUUCAAUACUUCUCUAUUAUCCAUGCAUGUUUAAUCAAUGGUUAAUGAAUGAGUAUUGAUAUUGAACCAUUGGAGUGCUGUAUAUUUCCUUUUUCUAUGGUUCACCAUUACCAACCUCGUCUAGAGAGCUUUUUAUAUUCUCUAGGAAAAGCUCUCAGAAUUUAAUGCAUCAGUAUGUAUCAAAAUUAACUUUUGAAUAGUAACAUUUUGAAUUCUCUCUUACUGAAAAACAGUCUUCUUCCUCCACAACAAUAACCGUUAUUACAACAACUACCACUGCCACAAAUACUACUACUACUACUACUACUACUACUACUACUACUAAUACUAGUAACGAUAAUGAAUUCUAGUGUAUGAGCUGGUACUGGUGGGAUUCUGGACCAUUCAGUGGGCACAUGCAAAAACUAUCAUCAACCAGAUAUUCAUUCAUUGCUUAGCUCUCCUUCCUUCCUUCCUUCCUUCCUUCCUUCCUUCCUUCCUUCCUUCCUUCCUUCCUUCCUUCCUUCCUUCCUUCCUUCCUUCCUUCCUUCCUUCCUUCCUUCCCUCCCUCCUCCCUCUGCUCCCUGUUAAAUGAUUAUCAACAAUGCAAAUUAAGCACCACAUAGUUUUUUUAUUGAUUGAGUUGACUAAUCAAUGAGAGAGUAGAUCCACCUGUAAGUCAUAGCUAACCAACUACCCCUUUUAAACCACAUAAUCAUAAGCUACACCUGCACAUUGAUGUUACUUUCCUGGCACUCUGAAAAAUAGAUACAUUUUGUACAUCUUUGGACAUAUUAUACAUCUCCACAUAAACAGCAGUGUCGAUGACAAUUUCGAAACAACUAUUUCCACCUCCUGCAUUCCUUUCGGAGUGUCUACAUUUCCAAUGCAUGUCCCCCACCUUCAUAUCAUGAAUGCAAAAUCAAAGCCUGCUUAACAUACUCUCUAAUCCAGUGUGUAUUACUGUGUGCGUUGUUUUGUGUCUGUUAGAUAGGUUAGUGAGCUAGAUGUCAACAGUGUGUUAUGUUCUUGCUUGCAGGGCUAACUUUAGGACAUGUAAAGAGAGAAGAAGGGGCAGGUCAAUCCCAUGUUCCACCUGAACUGGGCUACCACAGUACUGAGCAUCAAACAGUUUAUGAUUUACCUUUAGCACCAUUAGUACUACAACUAAGAAACCCCACCUAUCGCCUUUCCCAACCAGCCAGCCUACCUACCUAUCUGCCUACCACUGAUCACUUCCUGCAUGUUACUGUUACAACAUUUUCCAUACAAAAGCUUUUUCAAAAGUAAAAAUUGAGUUAUUUACAAUGAUUAAUAUUGUUAUUAUUAUUAUUAUUAUUAUUAUUAUUAUUAUUAUUAUUAUUAUUAUUAUUAUUAUUAUUAUUACUAUUAUUAUUAUUAUUAUUAUUAUUAUUAUUAUUAUUAUUAUUAUUGUUCUUUUACUUUAGUUUUUUGUCUAUGUAUAUUUGGUUACUAAAGACUACAACGUACUUAUAAACAUUAGUGAUAAUAAAAUCCCAAACCCUUUGUUGUGUGUGACAUGUAAAAGCAUGUAACUUUUAAAGAUGUUGCAUUUUAAACGAUGAUGACCAAUAAAGAGCUUUCCCAAUUGUUUUCUGGUGUACUGAGAGCUUGUGUUUAACGCAACGGCUCGUCUGCAUCAGGAUGGAGCCUCUGCUAGCUCGCCGAUACGGUGGAACACACACUGGGUUUGUUCACUCAGACACACACAUACACAGGUACAAACAUUGUACACCCACAAACACUAUCAAACAGGGUGUUGUUACAGAGUUGUGAAUUGUCAGAGAGUCAGAGUAGGGAAGGCUAGAGUAGUCAGGGCCAGAAAGGUGUUUUCUCAUUUUUUUUUUUUAACUUUUUUUGGAGUUUCUUCUUUUUUGUCGCCAAGCAUGACACUGAACCCAGUUUAUUUGAAUCCUUUCAGGCCAUAAAAGUGAAAAUGGAGGAGCUUAGGCCGUUGAUACCCGUGUUGGAGGAGUACAAGGCCGAUGCCAAAUUGGUAUUGCAGUUUAAGGAAGAGGUCCAGAAUCUGACGUCAGUUCUAAGCGAGCUCCAGGAGGAGAUGGGAGCCUAUGACUACGAGGAACUCCACAGCAGAGUGUCAAAUCUUGAGGAGAGACUCCGAGCAUGCAUGCAAAAAUUAGGUAGGCUGAGAAAGUUUCUGACACACACUCACACGCUAUGGCUGCGUUUACACAGGCAGCCCAAUUCAGAUAUUUUGCCAAUAAUUGGUCUUUUGACCAAUCAGAUCAGAUCUUUUGUCAAUAAUUGGGCAAAAGAUCAGAAUUGGCUGUCUGUGUAAACACAGCCUUUACACAUUUCUAUUGUUCAUGGACAAGUUCUUUAUAGUUUUAGACUAAAGUUAGAGCUUCGGGCACAUGUAGUACUCACCUCAGAAACAUUCAACAUCAAGGCAUACAAUGUACGCAAUUGAUACACCUUAAAAGAAACACACAAUCCUUAUUUUAACUCAUUGGAACACACCUUAGCUUCUUUGGAAAUCUCAUGAGCAGACAUACUAUUACAUACAUUUGAUCUAUGCAUUAUGCAGUCAGGUCCAUCAAUAUUUGGACAUUGACCAAGUUAUUAUUAUUUUAGCUGUCUACCACAGCAUAUUGGAGUUGAAAUUAAAUACUGAAUGUGAACUGAAAGUGCAGACUUUCAGCUUUAAUUUGAGGGUAUUUACAUCCAAAUCGGGUGAACGGUGUAGGAAUUGCAGCACUUUUUAUAUGUGGUCCCUCCCUUUUUAAGGGACCAAAAGUAAUUGGACAAUUGGCUGCUCAGCUGUUCCAUGGCCUGGUGUGUGUUAUUCCCUCAUUAGUUCAUUUACAAGUAAGCAGAAAAAAGGUCUAGAGUUGAUUUAAAGUGUGGCAUUUGCAUUUGGAAUCUGUUGCCGUUAACCCUCAAUUUGAAGUUCAAAGAGCUGUCACUGCCAGUGAAGCAAGCCAUCAUUAGGCUGAAAGAUCUAAACAAACCCAUCAGAGAGAUAGCAAAAACAUUAGGUGUGGCCAAAUCAACUAUUUUGUACAUUCUUAAAAAGAAAGAACGCACUGGUGAGCUCAGGAACACCAAAAGACCCGGAAGACCAUGGAAAACAACUGUGGUGGAUGACAGAAUAAUUAUUUCCCUGGUGAAGAAAAACCCCUUCACAACAGUUGGCCAGAUCAAGAAUACACUCCAGGAGGUCGGUGUAUCUGUGUCAAAGUAAACAAUCAAGAGAAGACUUCACCAGAGUUUAUACAGAGGGUUUACCACAAGAUGUAAACCAUUGGUAAGCCUCAAAAACAGGAAGUCCAGAUUAGAGUUUGCCAAAAAAACAUCUAAAAAAGCCUGUAGAGUUCUGGAACAACAUCUUACGGACAGAUGAGACAAAGAUCAACUUGUACCAGAAUGAUGGGAGGAGAAGAGUAUGGAGAAGGGAAGGAACUGCUCAUGAUCCGAAGCAUACCACCUCAUCUGUGAAGCAUGGUGGAGGUAGUGCCUCCCGAGUGGCGCAGUGGUCUAAGGCCACUAGAGAUCCUGGUUCGAAUCCAGGCUCUGCUGUAGCCGGCCGCAACCGGGAGACCCAUGGGGCGGCGCACAAUUGGCCCAGCGUCGUCCAGUGUAGGGGAGGGAAUGGCCGGUAGGGAUGUAGCUCAGUUGGUAGAGCAUGGCGUUUGCAACGCCAUGGUUGUGGGUUCGUUUCCCAUGGGGCCAGUAUGAAAAAAUAAAAAUUAAAUAAUGUAUGCACUCACUAACUGUAAGUCGCUCUGGAUAAGAGAGUCUGCUAAAUGACUAAAAUGUAAAAUGUAAAUGUAGUGUUAUGGCUGCCAAUGGAACUGGUUCCCUUGUAUUUAUUGCUGAUGUGACUACUGACAAAAGCAGCAGGAUGAAUUCUGAAGUGUUUAGGGCUAUAUUAUCUGCUCAGAUUCAGCCAAAUGCUUCAAAACUCAUUGGACGGCGCUUCACAGUGCAGAUGGACAAUGACCCGAGGAAUACUGGAAAGCAACCCAAAACUUUUUUAAGGCAAAGAAGUGGAAUGUUCUGCAGUGGCCAAGUCAAUCACCUGACCUGAAUCCAAUUGAGCAUACAUUUCACUUGCUGAAGGCAAAACUGAAGCCAAAACGCCACAAGAACAAGCAGGAACUGAAGACCGCUGCAGUAAAGGCCUGGCAGAGCAUCACCAGGGAAGAAACCCAGCAUCUGGUGAUGUCUAUGGGUUCCAGAGUUCAGGCAGUCAUUCACUACAAAGGAUUUGCAACCAAGCAUUAAAACUCACAAGUGAAUUUAUGAUUGUUAGUUUGUCCAAUUACUUUUGAGCUCCUAAAAUUGCGGGACUAUGUCUAAAAUGGUUGUAAUUCCUACACGCUUCAUACACUAAUUUUGACAAAACCCUUAAAUUAAAGAUGGAAGUCUACACUUAAAGCACAUCUUGAUUGUUUCCUUUCAAAUCCAUUGUGGUGGAGUACAGAGCCAAAAUGAUGCAAAUUGUGUCACUGUCCAAAUACUUAUGUACCUGACUGUAUGUAUCUUUCACACAGGUGUUUCAAAACACCUGUUUCUCAAUAUUCUACAGGCCCAUCUUUGUUUAGUCCCAUUUUACACUCAUUAUCCCAUAUGUUUGCCUCAAUCUAGCCUCUGGUUAGCCAAUUAGCCAAUGUGAUAUAGGUGAAUUUGAUUGACAACAUAGAUGAGUUGUAUGCACAACUUAUGCCCAAUUUGAGGUGUGAUUAACUUAUUCAUAAACGUAUUCUGUCACACAUAUGCUAAACACACACACACUACUCUCUGUAACAUACACACUCUCCCUCAUUUUCUAUUUCAUGUUCUCUAUCUCCCCCCCCCCCCCCCCCUAUUUGGGACACACACGAGAUCAAUCCACAUGCAAAGCCUCUUAUCUAUGUAGAGUUCUGUGAGGAUGAAGAGAAACAACUGCAGGAGACAGUCCACCCAGUAUAGUUACGAAAUAAUGACAUUAAAUGAUUUUACAGCUUUUUAAUGGACAUUCCAAAGCCAGAAAAAAGUGAACAUUCAAUUUCCAAAACAUUGGAAGUAUUCCACUAUCUCUGUCAGGUCCACAUUGGGUAGACAUCAAUAGAAAAAUAGGAAAUUACUAUGAAAUAAUUAAAUGUACCGUAUAUCAUCUCAUCUCUGCUCAGGCAGUAGCAGACAAACAGCCAGACAAUGUUCUCUCUGCUCCCCAAACUGUAGGCCUACUGUCUUUAGUCAUCUUAUUUAGCUAGGCUAGCCUGCCUAUGUAUGCUGCAGAGCUGUCUGACCAAAUCGUUUUACUAGUUCUUCAAAGUAGUAGGCAUACUUUCACGAACUGUCUCUAUCACGCUCUCUCUUCGUUGUGUUGUGUACUUUCUUCUCUCAUGCGGUCUGUGUGUAUCUAAUGUAACGUAGCAGGCGUAAAAGUGUAUCCUAGUGAUGGGUUGUUUGGCUCCCUGAUUUGCAUACUGUUACUACUGCUUUUUGAGCUCAAAACAAUGUUUUUCUUCAGAUAAGUUACAAAAUAAUUCUCUAAAGAGGGUGAAUCCUCACUGCAGAAACAAUAAAGAGUAGGGAGAGCGCAUCAAUCUGGUCCACGCAGAUUUUGUCAGUGCCUAAAAACAUCUAAUAAUUUGCCCCCCCCAAAUACAUUUUUUCACUCGCUUUUCACAAUCUGACAUAAUGGUAGCCUACCUUUUGGGCUUUACAUUGGAGAUUUGCAUUUUUUUCAUUGUUUUACAUCAAUUUUUAAGCCAAAUGAGCCGGCUCACCGAAAAUACUCAGAAUGUACAUCAAUAGUGUAUCCAUCGCUGUGCGAGCCGCAAUGGAUUAUGGUCAUUGUAGUUAAUUACCAUGUUUCUACGCUGAACUAGGUUGAAUAUUUGCUUAAUGAAAACUAUAACUCCCUUCAGCCCAGCGUCCCACUCUCUCGUGAAUUAUUUGAUUUCUCUCUAGAGAAACAGCGAGUUGGGCUCAGAAAAAAACAGAACUAAAUGGAAUUCACACACACACAGCCACUGAACGCAUUAUGCAGCCACUCACACAGGAAACACAGGACACUCAUACUCAUUGGGACUGACCUGAGCAAGGUAAACAACUAGGUUUGCAUCAGAAAACAGCAAAUGGAGGGGGGAGAGAGAGGGAGAGAGUGGGGAGAGAAUAAGAGACAAAGAAAAAUGCAAAAUCAUAGAGCGACUGACAGAGAGAGAGCGACUCCGGAAAUGAGAGACAGGAGGGAGUGAUGGAGAGGGACAUAGGGAAUGAGUGAGCAUGACAGAGUGAAGGAUAAAUAGUGAAGGAGACAGGUAAAGGGAGAGAAAGAGAGCUAGAGAGAGAGAGAGAAGGUGAGUUAGAGCUAGAUAGAGAGUGCGAUAGAGAGAGACACAGAUGGAUAGAGAUAGAGAGACAGCUGAAGGAGAGCGAGAGAUAGCGAGAAUGGAUUGCUGAAGGCCUUUCCUUCAGGCUGUUUUGUGGUAGAGAGAGUAACAGCGCUGUGACAUUGGGGACACAAUGGCCAUCCAUCACAGGGACAUGGCAUCUCACAGGGAUAUAAUCAAAUAAAUAAAUCACCCUGUAGUGCUCCUGGCUCUGGUUGUGCCGGUGACGUUCUGCAUGACAGGGCGAGACGUGCAGCAGCUCCUUUCAGACCUGGGUUUAAAUACUAUUUGAUAUAAUUUCAAAUUCUUUAGCUGGGCUUGAUUGAGCUAGACAAGUUGCAAAAGUGCAAACCCCGCCCAUCUGGCACUUCAUGCAGGCUAAAGCAAACACAAUUUUUUGUGUAAUAUUUUAAAUAGUAUCUGAACCCAAGUCUGACUCCUGUGUGUGACAUCACAGGCAGUGGAACGACACCAUCACGUACUGAUGGAUAGAGCAGAAAGGCAAUCUCACUUAGCUCCCCAGGCACCUACAGCUCUCUCUCUUUCACUGCUACACCUAGCCCCGAGAUACCUAUAUCUCCCUCUCUAUCACUGCUUCACAUAGCCCCCAGACACAUCUUUCUCCAUCACUCUCCUUCUCCCUUUCUCUCUUAUUCUCUCUCUCAAACACACAGUCACUCUUUCCCUCCCUCCCCCUCUCUCUCUCUCUCUCUCUCUCUCUCUCUCUCUCUCUCUCUCUCUCUCUCUCUCUCUCUCUCUCUCUCUCUCUCUCUCUCUCUCUCUCUCUCUCUCUCUCUUUUCUAUUCUCUAUAUUUACACUCUUAGAAAAAAAGGUUCUAUCUACAACCUAAAAGGGUUCUUCGGCUGCCCCCAUAGGAGAACCCUUUGAAGAACCCUAUUUGGUUCCAGCUAGAACUCUUUCCACAGAGGGUGCUACAUGCAACCCAAAAGGGUUCUACCUGGAACCAAAAAUGGGUUCUACCUGGAAUCAAAAAGGGUUAUCCUAUGGGGACAGCCGAAUAACCAUGUGGUACCCUUUUUUCUAAGUGUAUACAUUACAUCAUGGCUAUAUCUUCCACUUUAUCACUGCUGUCCUUUCUCUUUCUCUCUCUAUGUCUCAGUAGACAAUCCUCCUACUCUCUCCUAUAGUCCUUCUCUCUGACCCCAGCUCAGUAUAUAAAACCUAAAGGUAAUAAAACCAGUCUUCUCUAUCUCUGAAAUAUCUCUGUCCCCUUCACACUAGGAUCAGGCUGUUCCCUCUCUUAUGUGUCCACAUUCAUUCACUGAUUUGAUCAUCCUCAAAUCAUCAUUGCAUUCCACAAUGUCUGACUGAUGGUGUUUGGGUAAUUUCAAUUCUAUAGUCUAGUAGUGAUUUACAUGAGAUUUCCCCUAGUCUAAGUCUGGUUGGCUGGAGCCAUAUUCAGGCCAAUAGGGGAUUUGAUUAGACCUCAUGUGCAUAUCUCUCCCAGAGGUCCAGACCAAAAGGUAAUCAAAUAAAAUAAAAUGUUAUUUGUCAAAUGCGCCGAAUACAACAGGUGUAGACCUUACAGUGAAAUGCUUAUUUACAAACCCUUAACAAACAAUGCCGUUUUAAGAAAUAAUACCUAAAAAUAAAAUAAAAGUUACAAAUAAUUAAAGAGCAGCAGUAAAAUAACAAUAGCGAGGCUAUAUUUUUAGGGCCUUCCUCUGACACCACCUGGUAUAGAGGUCCUGGGUGGCAGGAAGCUUGGCCCCAGUGAUGUACUGGGCCGUAUGCACUACCCUCUGUAGUGCCUUGCGGUCGGAGGCCGAGCAGUUGCCAUACCAGGCAACCUUUUGAGGAUCUGAGGACCCAUACCAAAUAUUUUCAGUCUCCUUAAGGGGAAUAGGUUUUGUCUUGCCCUCUUCACGACUGUCUUGGUGUGCUUGGACCAUGUUAGUUUGUAGGUUAUGUGGACACCAAGGAACUUGAAGCUCUCAACCUGCUCCACUACAGCCCUGUCUAUGAGAAUGGGGGCGUGCUCGGUCCUCUUCUUUUUCCUGUAGUCCACAAUCAUCUCCUUUGUCUUGAUCACGUUUAGGGAGAGGUUGUCCUGGCACCACACGGCCAUGUCUCUGACCUCCUCCCAAUAGGCUGUCUUAUCGUUGUCGGUGAUCAGGCCUACCACUGUUGUGUCAUCGUAAAACGUAAUGAUGGUGUUGGAGUCAUGCCUGGCCAUGCAGUCAUGGGUGAACAGGGAGUACAGGAGGGGACUAAGCACGCACCCCUGAGGGGCCCCCGUGUUGAGGAUCAGUGUGGCAGACGUGUUGUUACCUACCCUUACCACCUGGGGGCGGCCCGUCAGAAAGUCCAGGAUCCAGUUGCAGAGGGAGGUGUUUAGUCCCAGGGUCCUUAGCUUAGUGAUGAGGUUUCAGGGCACUAUGGUGAUGAACGCUGAGCUGUAGUCAAUGAAUAGCAUUCUCACAUAGGUGUUCCUUUUGUCCAGGUGUGAAAGGGCAGUGUGGAGUGUAAUAGAGAUUGCAUCAUCUGUGGAUCUGUUGGGGCGGUAUGCAAAUUGGAGUGGGUCUAUGGUUUCUGGGAUAAUGGUGUUGAUCUAAAGAUUAUUACUAUAGUCUGGUACUCCCACCAAAGUAUUAUGUAAGGGGCUGCUAGUAUUGGUGCUUGUUUGCACAUGUGAUGUUGUGUUUGUCUCGCUGCUGCAGAUGUUUUCAAAGUGUGACUGUGAAAAAGGAAUACAGUUGUCAUAGAAAUUGUGAGGGGUGAAGAUGGACAUGUGAGAGAGACUGAGGGUGGUGAAAUGAAAAGAAGGAGCAAAAAUCUAAUCUGGAUUCUAUGACUCCAUCACAUAACUGCAUUUCACAACCACUUUAGUGCCAGACAGAGAAUUGGAGAAGGAGGGAGCGAGCGGGAUAGAGAGAAGCAUAGAGAGAGAGAAGCAUAGAGAGUGAGGCAUAGAGAGAGAGAAGCAUAGAGAGAGAGACGCAUAAAGAGAGAAGCAUAGAGAGAGAGAAGCAUAGGGAGAGAGAAGCAUAGGGAGAGAAGCAUAAAGAGAGAGAAGCAAAGAGAGAGAAGCAUAGAGAGAGAAGCAUAGAGAGAGAGAUGCAUAGAGAGAGAGAAGCAUAGAGAGAGAGAAGCAUAGAGAGAGAAGCAUAGAGAGAGAGAAGCAUAGAGAGAGAAGCAUAGAGAGAGAAGCAUAGAGAGAGAAGCAUAGAGAGAGAAGCACAGAGAGAGAGAAGCAUAGAGAGAGAGAAGCAUAGAGAGAGAGAAGCAUAGAGAGAGAAGCAUAGAGAGAGAGAAGCAUAGAGAGAGAGAGAGAGAGAGAGAAGCAUAGAGAGAGAAUUAGACCUUUUAAAUUGUUAUAUACAGUGGGGGAAAAAAGUAUUUAGUCAGCCACCAAUUGUGCAAGUUCUCCCACUUAAAAAAAUGAGAGAGGCCUGUAAUUUUCAUCAUAGGUACACGUCAACUAUGACAGACAAAAUGAUUUUAAAAAAUCCAGAAAAUCACAUUGUAGGAUUUUUAAUGAAUUUAUUUGCAAAUUAUGGUGGAAAAUAAGUAUUUGGUCACCUACAAACAAGCAGGAUUUCUGGCUCUCACAGACCUGUAACUUAUUCUUUAAGAGGCUCCUCUGUCCUCCACUCGUUACCUGUAUUAAUGGCACCUGUUUGAACUUGUUAUCAGUAUAAAAGACAACUGUCCACAACCUCAAACAGUCACACUCCAAACUCCACUAUGGCCAAGACCAAAGAUCUGUCAAAGGACAACAGAAACAAAAUUGUAGACCUGCACCAGGCUGGGAAGACUGAAUCUGCAAUAGAUAAGCAGCUUGGUUUGAAGAAAUCAACUGUGGGAGCAAUUAUUAGGAAAUGGAAGACAUACAAGACCACUGAUGAUCUCCCUCGAUCUGGGGCUCCACGCAAGAUCUCACCCCGUGGGGUCAAAAUGAAUACAAGAACGGUGAGCAAAAAUCCCAGAACCACACGGGGGGACCUAGUGAAUGACCUGCAGAGAGCUAGGACCAAAGUAACAAAGCCUACCAUCAGUAACACACUACGCCGCCAGGGACUCAAAUCCUGCAGUGCAAGACGUGACCCCCUGCUUAAGCCAGUACAUGUCCAGGCCCGUCUGAAGUUUGCUAGAGUGCAAUUGGAUGAUCCAGAAGAGGAUUGGGAGAAUGUCAUAUGGUCAGAUGAAACCAAAAUAGAACUUUUUGGUAAAAACUCAACUCGUCGUGUUUGGAGGACAAAGAAUGCUGAGUUGCAUCCAAAUAACACCAUACCUACUGUGAAGCAUGGGGGUGGAAACAUCAUGCUUUGGGGCUGUUUUUCUGCAAAGGGACCAGGACGACUGAUCCGUGUAAAGGAAAGAAUGAAUGGGGCCAUGUAUCGUGAGAUAUUGAGUGAAAACCUCCUUCCAUCAGCAAGGGCAUUGAAGAUGAAACGUGGCUGGGUCUUUCAGCAUGACAAUGAUCCCAAACACACCGCCUGGACAACGAAGGAGUGGCUUCGUAAGAAGCAUUUCAAGGUCCUGGAGUGGCCUAGCCAGUCUCCAGAUCUCAACCCCAUAGAAAAUCUUUGGAGGGAGUUGAAAGUCCGUGUUGCCCAGCGACAGCCCCAAAACAUCACUGCUCUAGAGGAGAUCUGCAUGGAGGAAUGGGCCAAAAUACCAGCAACAGUGUGUGAAAACCUUGUGAAGACUUACAGAAAACGUUUGACCUGUGUCAUUGCCAACAAAGGGUAUAUAACAAAGUAUUGAGAAACUUUUGUUAUUGACCAAAUACUUAUUUUCCACCAUAAUUUGCAAAGAAAUUCAUUAAAAAUCCUACAAUGUGAUUUUCUGGAUUUUGUCUGUCAUAGUUGACGUGUACCUAUGAUGAAAAUUACAGGCCUCUCUCAUCUUUUUAAGUGGGAGAACUUGCACAAUUGGUGGCUGACUAAAUACUUUUUUCCCCCACUGUAUAUUGUUUUCCAUUAGCAUACUAAACAAGUUCAGUGAUAUAAAUCAACUCAUCAAAAAUGAUCUAAUUCACCUUCAAUUCAUCAAACAAAGCGUUAAAUCCAUUUAACAAAAUAUUGCCUUUCAAAUGAAUGAACCAUAAUCUCAGUGUGUUUGAGCUGUUUGCUCUUUAGUUAACAUUAAGAUCUAACCACUGGAACGAGGUUGUUCCCCAUCUGUUUAAAGGAAACAGCCCAUUAGUCCAACUACCUGGCUGUCAUCAGGGAGGGAGGCACAGCCGAGCAUUCAGCGCUAGAUAUGUCAACUUCAUAUUAACACCUCAAUCAAGCCUAAUUAACAAUAUGCUCAGCUCACACAGUUUAGAACAAAUAGAAGCAGGAGCAACAGCACAAUCCUACACAACUGGAAUAACAAUUAAAUCACAGACACAAACAUAAGCACAGAAUACCAAAGACCAUUACCUCUAUUCUCUCAGGAUGACAGACAGAUGGAGGAACGAACAUAGACACACACAGCAAUAAAACACACACAUUCCAUUCUCCUUUUGUGAAUGAAGGCUACAAGUGAAUGUUUUGUAAAUUAUGCUAUUAUGUGCAAGUACAAGAUGCUUUCUUUAUUACAGCACGCUAGACAAUAUAAAUCAUACAGAUGUGCCCUUGAAUGCUGAAUCUAUGAGAAGUAUAUGUAUCUAUGAGAGGUAUUUCUAUGUUCGUUAUUCCUUCACAGCAUGUGGGAAGUUGACGGGUAUCAGUGAUCCUGUCACCAUCAAG